AUGUCGUCCUCGAUCGCCAUCCCGAAGCGCAGGAAGUGCAGCGGUGCGGGCAACAAUGCCGACAGCCCGGAGAGCAGCUCCUCGCUCUCCUCGUCCGUCUUGGGGCACACGCCCGUCACCUCGCCUUCCACACCCGCCCCGGCACACCUCCACCAUCACCACCACCAGUACCGCCUCGAGCGCCGCCAGAGCCUGCUGACCCACCGCAGCGUCACCCCGCAGACCACACGUCGCUCGGAUGGCAGGCGGUUGCGGGACAAGGAAGCACAGCAGGCUUACAAGGCGCGGGCAGGCUCGUCCAUCUCCAAAUCCGAGCACACAGUCAUCAAUGUUGGGCAUCCGGAUGCGCCGCGGCUGAUCACCUGCGUGAGGUCAUCUCAGGGCUUUGACUGGAACCAAGACAUCUUCUUGCCCUCGUACGCCGACUACGAGUCCUCAGAGCUCGAGCGCCGCCAGGACCCUGUCCAGGACAUUGUCCUCACGGACGAGGAGGUCGCCUCCAUGUUCCCAUCGUCAUAA